AUGCCUAUCGACAAGAUGGCAACAACACGCGAGGCUUCUGCACUACAAGCACUACACUAUGUUGCUCCACUCUUACCAAUCUGCUACUUCCUUGUGGCGAAAGUGAUCGCGGCAUGCCUGCUUCAUCAACAGAGAACACAAUCUGGAGCUGCGACGAGACGAUAUAUUGCCAUCAGCUUGCUCGGCGCCGUCGCAGCCUCUGUGUCUGCGCAGGGCAUUAUCUACAUCGUUCAAGCUUCCACCAAGAGAAGCUUUUCAGCGUCCCAAGAUGUGGUCGUCUAUAUCACGGUUGAUCUUCUCAUCUAUAGUUCGCUGCUUGUUGGACUGUGGGAGAAUAAGAAGCCACUCUGGUAUCUGUACACUGGUGCCUGGACGCUCGGGUUUUUGGCGGAGUUGGCUUGCACCGCGCUACAAGCACUAAACAAGAGGCCUAACAAACACGGUAAACUCGAUUUCGGAAUGCAGCUUAUCCGCGUGGUGCUGUUACUUGUGCUUAGCAUUCUAGGCUGGAUAUUUGUGCUACAGGAGCGAAACAAAUCUGCCAAGCCCGAUGCAGAGACUGAGCCUUUGCUCGCGAGUGGGGCGAAUGAGACCAACGGACAAGCCACAAAACCAGUUUACGGCUCGACCUCGUCGACCGAUAGCGAUGCCUCGUCCACAAAGGUCGCGAGCGAGGACGACGAUGAUAUUGACAGUGACAGCGAGGAGCCUGAACGGGAUAAGGAAGUCAAAGCUCAGCAAAAGAAGCGUCUUGAAGACUCUGGUAACUGGCUCAAUUACCUCUCGGACUUCAAAAUAUUUAUACCUAUGCUGUGGCCGUCUCGAAACAGGCUCGUUCAAUCUUGCUUGGCUACAGUCGUCCUAGUCCUUAUUGCUCAGCGCUUCCUCAACGUCCUCGUUCCACGCCAGCUGGGGAUAAUCACGGACGAGCUCGCAGAUACAUAUGGUACAGGACUAUCGCUCAUCAAGUCACUCGCCGAGAUCCCUGUUCAACAAUUCUCCUACAAAAGUAUCGGCUCUUCGGCAUUUUCGCACGUCAUGCACUUGUCUAUGGACUUCCACAAUGACAAGAACUCUGGCGAGCUCAUUCGGGCCAUCGAGCAAGGGCAGCAUCUAACAGGUCUACUCGAAUUCAUCUUCUUCGAGGUUGGGCCCAUGUUCAUCGAUCUGAUCAUCGGCUUUGUGUACGUCUACACUCUGUUCGACGUCUACAUGACCAUGAUACUGGUAAUUAUUGGGAUUGCCUACAUCUGGAUUGGUGCUAAGACGACUUCCUGGAGUAUCAAGCAACGUAGACGAUUCAACAAUGCCUGGCGCAACGAAAGUAAAGUUCAGAACGAAGCAAUCAACAACUGGCAAACGGUGUCGCACUUCAACCGAAGCACGUACGAAUGUGAGAGAUAUAGCAAGAGUCUGGAUGAGUUCAAUGCCGCUGAGUGGACCUACUACAUUGCAUACUAUACUGGCAGCAGUUUGCAAUCUUUGGUCAUGCUCGUCGGACGAUUGGCAGCAUUCUCACUCGCCGUGGUGAGAGUGGCUCAAGGUCGAGCACGAGUCGGCAAUUUCGUCACUCUCACAAUGUACUGGAGAUCGAUCGAAGGCCCACUGGCUCAAGUCUCAUGGUCAGUGAGGAGGGUAUCGCAGAUGCUUACGGACUCGGAACGCCUGCUACAAUUGAUGCUCACAAAGCCAUCUGUCAUAAGUGAUGCAUCAGCCCCAGCUAUCGUUAUUGAGGAGGGCGAGGUCGAAUUUGACCAUGUGGACUUUGCAUACGAUCCGCGUAGGCAGACGUUGAAAGAUGUGAGCUUCAAAGUCAAGCCUGGGCAGACUGUGGCUCUGGUUGGAGAGACUGGAGGCGGCAAGAGCACGAUAAUCAAGCUUCUCUAUCGCUACUACGAUGUUGGUGAAGGCGGCAUCCGGAUCGAUGGGCAGGACAUACGUCAUGUGGAUCUGGACAGUCUACGGGACUCCUUCGGCAUGGUACCACAAGAUCCGGCCUUGUUUAAUGUGUCUCUGAUGGAGAACAUUAAGUACGCUCGCCUCGACGCAACCGAGGAAGACGUCGUGGAAGCUUGCAAAGCGGCUGCCAUCCAUGACAAGAUCGAGACAUUCCCAGACAAAUACAAAUCCACAGUCGGUGAGCGCGGCGUCAAGCUGUCGGGUGGAGAGCUGCAACGUGUGUCGAUAGCACGCGCUAUACUCAAGCAGCCGAAGAUUGUGCUACUGGAUGAGGCAACGAGCAUGAUCGAUGCUGAGACAGAGGCACUGAUCCAGAAUGCAUUCAAGCGCCUUGCGGCCGGACGGACUACCUUUAUCAUCGCUCACCGUCUUUCAACGAUCCAGCAUGCGGAUCUGAUUCUGGUCAUCAAUGAUGGCAAGAUCAUUGAGUCUGGAAGCCAUGAGGAACUUUUCAGGCAGAAUGGCAAGUACGUUGCGCUGUGGUCAAAACAGAUCAGUAAGGAUGUAGAAGGAGUGGGUAAGGCAUUGGAUGGCAAGGCGAAGGAGGGCGAAGCAUUGAUUGACACUGCAAGCGGCGCUGACAAGAAUGAGGAUGCUUUAAAAGGACAUGAUAUCGAAUGA